AUGGAGUCGAACCCACUGCCCUUGGAGGUAGACGACGAAGGCAGGCCUCAGCAGGCUUCCUCUACGGGGAGUGGAGCAUCUUCAGGUGCUGGUUAUUAUGGACAUAAGAAUGGUGAAUGGCGUGGCGAAAGAAGAAUGCUGGACAUCACGAGGGAUAAACCAGUCAAAGUUUGCGUCCGUGUCGUCGUGCCAGUUAGAGAUCAUCCUAAAUUUAACUUCGUGGGAAAAUUGCUCGGACCAAAGGGCAAUUCGCUGAAACGGUUACAAGAGGACACAAUGUGCAAGAUGGCCGUUCUCGGACGUGGCUCGAUGAAAGAUAGACAGAAGGAAGAAGAACUUCGAAUGUCGGGUGACCCUAAGUUUUCACAUCUCUCCGAAGAACUUCAUGUUGAGAUCAGCGCGUUUGCCACUCCCGCCGAAGCACACGCUCGAAUAGCCUAUGCUCUGGCAGAACUACGAAGGUUCUUAGUGCCGGACUAUAACGACGACAUCCGGCAGGAGCAAAUGCUAGAAAUGCAGAUUCUAUCAUCGCAGAACGAGCAACGCAGACUGACGCCUCCAGAAUCAUCUAGAAGUAAUAGCGAAGAAACAUUGCCAAUACGAGAUACUGCAAAACAAAGGCUACCAACCGUCGCACCUUCCGUAAGCCAACCAGCGCUUGCCAGUGCUCCAGUUCUGCCAGUGAACCACGCACCAAGCGCGCGCGACUUCUCCCCACCAGCACCAACUCCUGCGCCAGAGCAUUUGCCCCAUCAUCAGUUGACAAGUCCAGCGAGUCACGGCUUACUUGUUGGAGGAGGUCUUCUUCAACAGCCGCCAACACAUCAUUUGCUAACACAAAACUCUAUACUAGGUGUUGGUUCGGGUGGAGCGAGCACCCGCAAACGGCCAUUGCUGGGUGGCGCACGGAACGCCAUCUCACCGACUAAACGAGCUGUUAUGUCACUUUUGGCGCGUGCUCGGGCAGCCACGCACAAGCACGAACACCCGGCUCUAUUACCGCUGAUAAGAGAAGAUUUCAUGUCGGGGGUUGGCGUCAACAUCAACUUAGCGUAA